UUAAUGGCAGAAACCAAAACAUUUAUUUCAACAAUUGGAGAGAAAACAAAAAUUUUGAUUACAGAUACAUCUAUGUCGUUAUUACACAAGGUUUUCAAUUGCCGUAUAGUGGACUGCAACCUUGCACUGGGUUAUUGCACACUUCUACCCAAGACAGAGGUUUUCAAAAAGUUGUGGGAUGUCAUAAACAACACAUGGCAAAACUACAACAAGAUUCUGGCAGUAGCUGUCGUUGGAGCCCAGCUUACAUUUAUAUGUCACGAAAAUGAAGAAAGAAAGAAGUUUCAAGAGCUUGUUACUGAUGCUGAAUGGGGUAUCGAGCUCAGUAGCUAUGGAAUUUCUUUCCAGUCUGCCUUCCGACAGGGACCACAACAGAAG